AUGACUUUUAAGUUGGGGGAGCUGCUACACCUCCAAGUGGCCCUCGUCCACAACAUAUCAAAAAAAAAUUUAAUAGGUAGGAUUGCAAUUAUUGGUGCAGGGAUCACUGGGGUCGCUUCCGCGGCUCAUUGUGUUGCUAAUGGAUUUGAGGUCGUCUUAUUUGAAAAAAAAGAUAGGACUGGUGGGGUUUGGAAUGACGUUAAUUCAACUUCAAGUUUACAACUUAAUUCUUGGUUAUAUAGGUUUCAUCCAUCUGUUCUUUGGUCAAGAUCAUUUCCAAAACAAGCCGAGAUUUUAAAUCAAAUUCAACGUAAGCCAACCCAUCUUCUGACACCUUCCAAUCUCCAAACUCUCAGAAAGACGGUCUGGAAAAUCGACCAAGGAACCGAAGGAUUAUUCGAUAGUCUAAUCAUAGCCAUAGGAACAUGUGAUAAACCGUAUCAACGUCAAUGGGUUUCUCAACAAGAUUUUCAUGGAUCGGUUUUACAUUCUUCACAACUUGAUGUCGUUGCUCAUCCUGAUGAAGUGGUUGUCAUUGGUAGUGGUGCAAGUGCGGUUGAAGCUGUUGAACUUGUGGUUAGGAGAGGUGCAAGGAAAGUGACUAUGAUUGCUAGGAAUGAUAAAUGGAUCAUUCCUCGUGGUUUGAUUCCAUUGGUUAUGAUUACUGUUGCACCAUGGGAACUUAUCAAACGUUUUCAUUAUGGUGAUCUUAGAAAGAUUGCACCUGAUUUGAAAAAAAAUGGAAUUGGACUUGAUCAAUCUACUCCGAUUGUGAAUAACAAAUUCUUGGAUCUUAUUAGAGAUGGAUCUGCGGAUUAUUUACGUGGAAAUAUCAAAAACUUUUUAAACUUUUCUAAAUCUUUUGCAACUGGAUUUGAAAGACCAAAGAUGGAUUUCUUACCUAAUUCUUUAUUUCCAAAAGGUUAUGAACCACCUUCAUUAUUCUUACUAAACUUUUCGGUAAAUGAUCAUACAGUUUUGUUUACAAAUUCGGUUUAUAAAGAUGCGAUUGGCACAGUUGGACAUUUUCACAUUGGAAUUUAUACUAGAAUCUUAUUAAUGUUUUUAGUUGAACCUCAACUAGCACCACAACCUCAUCAUAUGAGAUUAUGGGUAGAUGUAAUUAGAUACUUGAAAUCAAGUGCACCAACAGACGCUUUUGAUUUUUUCACAUAUGUUGAAAUGAUAUUUUAUUUAAUCAUUUUUCAUUUAGUUAGACCUCAAAGGAUUAAAUGGAUACUAUUCAAUUUCUUUGGAAUAGGUUAG